AUGCCUCCUCGCGCAGUAGCCAGUCCCAAGAAGAAAAGGUCUAAGUGCAAAGCUUCAGACGCUUCAAAGGCUGCUUUGCCGAAGAGGCCUUGCACUGCCAAUGUCACCGAUACUAUCCCCAGCACGCCACUCGUAUCCCUCGGUCUUACUGAAGCUGAUGUGAUGGGCGCUCCUCGACGUUCUGGUCGCCCUAAUGCGGGAACUGGAGGUAGGAAUGCCCAGCUGGAGAAGAUUGGCUUAGUGUUAGAGUCUCAGUCAUUGAGUCGGAAACCUAAGGGCACUACGUCUCUUGAUGCACUCAAUCCGGUGCCCCCUCCACCAUAUAAUCCUGAUUCAUCAAGCCUCGAUGCUAGUACCCUAGUACCUAGCUUUUUAUCGCAGCAAAGUGGUGGGAGGUUUGGCUUUGCGCCUUCGACCACCACACGUAUCCCUCCCAGUAAUGCAAAGUCCAAUCCUCAAGUCUUAAAUGAUCCAUAUAUCGCCAUGGGAAUGAACAUUGCGGAGAAGCGCAAUCAGAAUGCUCUUGUCGAUCACGCUCACAGUUCUCAACCUCUACUAGGUGCUACAUAUUCAGACAACCUGGAUCCGGCCCUACGUAAGGAAGAAGGUAUUGUUAGGCAAACACUUCAUGCUAGUGUUGCCGCAGCUCUGGCUUGUGGCCGGCUUUAG